AUGACCGCUCUGAAUCCGGCGCUGAGCGACUUUGGCCAGCGGCAGGCCAACGAGAGGCAGCGGCUGCUUUCGCAGCUGGUGCAGCGGCUGGCAGGGGCGCAGCUGGGAGAAGAGCGGCAUGGGGAGCUGCUGGAGGCGUGCCUGGCGGCGGUGCAGCACCAGCGGUUUGCAGACGCCAACCCUCGGCACGUCGCCGAGAUGUAUGAGCGGCUGGGGGAGCGGUUUGGCGAGAGCGCGCAGUUUGGCAAGCAGCGCGCUCUGCAGCUGCUGCAGAAGCAGCUGCUGGGACUGCAGCUGGACUCUUCGCAGUACGACUUCCAGUACCGCCUGCUGUCCUUCCUGUACGCCGCCUCGCGGAACCCGCUGAGCGCCUCCUACGGCGGCAGCCCCCUGGUGGAGGCUUUGGAGCAGGCGGCGCGCACCGCUGUGGUGGGAUCCCCCACCUACCUGACAGACGCGAGCAGCGACAGCUGGCAGGAGGAGCUGGCCGCCUACAGCCCCGGCAGCCGGCUGUCGGACUGGAGCCACCUGGAUGCCGAGGAGCUCGAGGAGGAGCUGGCAGGGGAGCAGGCUGGACUGGCUGCCUUGCCCGGCAAGGCGGACGCCGGUGGCGACACAGGCGGCCCAGCGGCAGCGGCAGCAGCAGCAGCAGGGGCGCUCCUGCCGCAGGAGCGGGCACCGGGCAGCCCGGGCAGCCCUCCCUCGGCGGCAGCAGAGGCGCGGGCGCCUGCGCCGGGCGCGGGCGGGCGCCGGCUGGCGCCGCCGCCCUCGCCGGCGCGCCGCGAGUCGCCCUACACGCGGCACAGCCUGUCGGUGUGGAUCGCCAGCAAGCAGAGCGGCGGGCAGCCGGCGCGGCUGCUGGAGCCGCGCCUGUGCUUCCACGAGAAGGAGCUUGCGCAGCAGGUGGUUCACAUGCUCAAGGGCGUGAGCAACCCCGGGCCCGCUUUCCAGCUGGAUGCGUUGGGUGGCGGCGCAUACACGCCCCGCCCUGGCGUGCACCUGCACAGCAGCAGCCAGGGCAGCGCGCGCGCGCUGCUGCAGCGUUUUGCUCGGGCCGGCACGGCGCUGCGCCGCGUGCAGUCCUUUUGCGCGGCGGUGCAGCAGGCGGGCGGCUCGCCAGGCUCUGCCUGGGCCAGCGGCAGCAGCGACGAUGCAGCCGAGGCGCAGCGGCAGCUGCUGGCGCUGCCCACCGUGGCAGCCUUUGCCGCCGCGGUGGCGCAGCAGCAGCAGUGCCUGCAGCAGCAGCUGCUGGUGAUUGAGGCCGCGCUGGCCAGCGGCGCGGCGCUCACGCUGCUGCAGCUGCAGCAGCGCACCGCCAGCAUGGCGCAGCAGGCGGCCGUGCUGGAGCGCCUGGCGGCGCGGUGCUGCCGGCGACGGGCCAGCGCCGCCGAGACGGCGGCGGGGCUGCUGUCGGGGCUGCACGAGGCGCUGCAGGUGGAGCUGCUGCAGGCGCGGUCGCAAGGCGGCGUCCUGGCUUCCAUACUGCUCCGCAUCUUCACCGCCGCCUGCCGCCCGCUGCUGGCCACGCUGCACGGCUGGCUGUACCGCGGCGUGCUGCACGACCCCUGGGCCGAAUUCUUUGUGCGGGCCAGCGGCGCGGACAUCCCCACAGACAGCCCUCGGUUUUGGUCUGAAGCCUACACGCUGCGCACGAGCAGCAGCGGCGGCGGUGCCGGCUGCGGCGUGACGGCGGCACCCUGCUUCCUGCUGCCCCUGGCGCCCAGCAUCCUGGCCGCCGGCAAGGCCACCCUGCUCCUGCAGGCGUACAGCAGCUGGCGGCUAGCGGCGGCGGCGGCAGGCGCGGCGUGGCGCGAGGGCCCCGGCGGCAGCAGUACGGCGCUGCCGGCCGCGGCCGCUGCCGCUGCAGGCUUGGCAGAGUCCCCCAGCAAGCGGCGGCUGUCAGAGUAUGGUGCCCUGGGCUUCGCCAUCGCCGCUGGGCAUCAGGAGGCGCAGCGGCAGCAGCCCUACGGCGUGCCGCCACCGGCGGCGCUGCAGCCGCGGGACGGCUUCGCACUUCUUGGCGAGGGCGCGCAGGACGAGCCUCUGCAGGAGCCGCCGCAGCUGCACCAGCAGCUGCUGCGAAACCUGGAAGCGCAGCUGCAGCAGCACAUGGAGUUGGGAAGCGACAUGCAGACGCGGCAAGCGCAGAGCCAGCACCAGCGCCAGCUGUUCAGCCAGGCAGGCAAAGCAGUCUCGGCAGGGGCGGGGGUCGAGGCUGGUGCUGACGACGCUGGCAGCAGCCAGAGCAGCGACAGCCACACGUGCUUGCAGGAGUGGCAGCCAUCGGCCGCCGGCCUUGACCAUUCCAUGCUGCUGCCUGAUGCCGACACUCUGCCAGCGCUGGUAGUGCUGCCUGCUUCGCCCGAGGGCCUGCCCGCAGCCCAAGAGGCUGUCAUUCAGGCCGCGGCAGAGCCCUCGCCUGCCUCUGGAGCAGCGAACGGGGCGGAGCACGGACGGGCGCAUGGCAGCAGCAGCAGCAGCCGCGGCAGGGGCAGCGUGCCGUCGAUGGGGGACCGCAUGCGGCAGGCAGCGGCGGCACGCGUGCGGCAGGCCACGUGCGCGGCGGCAGAGCAGCUGCCGCUGCUGCUCAUCCCGCCGGCGCCGCUGGAAGCCAUCUCAACCGCGGCUGCUGCCGCCGCGCGAGACGCCCGCAGCGGCGGCGCCUCGCCUGCCGAUGCAGCUGCUGCGGCAGCUGAGCCGGAGGCCGUGGCGGCGGCAGCGACUUCGCAGUUUGAGAGCAGCAGCUGGCAGCAAUACUACCAGCAAGUGUCGGCAGCGCUGGCGCAGCAACUGGAUGUGCUGGACUGCCUCGGCGGCGGCGGCGGCGGCAGCGGCAGCCGGCAGCGGCAGCUGGCCAGCAGCUACGGCGUACCGCUGGGCCUGCCGGCGUACAGUGGCAACCCGUCAGAGCAGCUGUGGGGCCGCGACGGCGGCGCUUCAGCCCGCGCAGCCGCCGGUACCGGUACCGCCACCUCGCCAGCGGCGCCCGGCCUGCAGGUCUGGCAGCAACCGCUGCAGCCGCAGCUGGCGGCAGAGGCGCCGCCGCUGCAGGUGCUGCUGCAGCACAGCCUGCUGCAGCCGGUGCAGGCGCAGGUGGAGGCGGCCAGCAGCUCGCUGUGCUCCUCGCUGCUACGACACGGCCUGCUGCGCCAGCUGGCCGCCCUGCGGGACACCUACCUCCUCGGCUCGCCCCUGCUGGAGCCCUUUGUCAGCUUCCUGCUGCGCCGCAUCAGCACCACGGGCGGCGGCAUGGACCGGGUGUCCGAGUUUGAGCUGAACGCGUCACUGCAGGAUGCUUUGGUGGCUGGUGGCAAGGCCCACCUCCGCGCCUCUGCCCAGAUCCUGCCCGCCGCCGCUGCGCCCGGUGCCGGCCCCGGAGCGGCGCGCGGCGGCGGGGCUGCCGCGGCCGCGGCGGCAGGCGUGGUGCCGCGGGUGCAGCAGCUGGCGCGGCUGCGGCUACGGGUGGAGCCAGGGUGGCCGCUGUCGCUGGUGGUGGGGGAGGAAAUGCUGGAGCAGUACAAUGCGGUACUGGUACUGCUGCUGCAGCUGCGCUGGGUGAAGCAGUCGCUGCAGGCGGUGCGGUACACGGGGUGGAAGGCGGGGCGGCGCGGCACCCAGUGCGCCGCCGCCCGCGACGGCCUGCAGCAUCAGAUGGUACACCUGGUGGAUGCGGUGCUGCAGUACACCACAGACCGCGUGGCUGUGGAGGGCUGCACCUCCCUGGAUCAGAUGCACGCCUGCCGCAGCAAGUACCUGCGAGCGGUCACGCGGUACUGCCUGCUCAGCUCCGAGGGCGUCACCCGGCUGGUGCACGAAGGCCUGCUUCACCUCCUCAAUGCCUGCCUCCACUACUGCUCGCUGCGCCGGCAGGACGCGGCCGCCGCCGCCGCGCUGGCCGCCCUGGCCGAAGCCGGCGGUGAGGCGGCCGUGCUGCUUGCCGAGGGUCUGCACCCUGGGCAGCAGCAGCGGAGCAGCGCGGACGGCGACGAUGAGGACGGCGGCGGCGGCGGCGAGGUUGCGGCGGCGGCCGCGGCGGCCGCGGGCCUGCCCUGGGCGGGUCGCCGCGCGGAGCUGCAGCGGCGGCGGGUGGACGCGGCGGAGCAGCUGGCGCGCCUGCGCCGCGAGUUUGCCAACCGCCAGCGCCUGCUGCUGCGCGUGCUGUCCACAAAGGCGGCGGAGGCGGGCAGCCACGCGGACGAGCUGCGCCAGCUGCUGGGCGCGCUGGACUACAACUGGCACUUCAUGCACAGCAUGACAUAG